AUGCCUGCGCCGAAGCAAACGACCCACUCGCAGCUGUACGCUAGUGACUCGGAUAGCGAACUAUAUCGACAACAGUCCCACGCACGCCUACAGCGAAAGCCUCGUCAACGGAAGGGCCCCACAGCUCGCCGACGGUCUACCUCCAACGAUGACGGGGAUCUGAACGAAGAGGCAGAUGUCAGCCGACUCGAGUCGGACGUUGACGAAGAGACGAGCGGGGAUGAAUUGGAUGUCUUGGAUCAGACCUCUCACUCGUCGGUCUCCAUCGCUCCUGUGAUGGCCUCCGAGACUUCAGUCGCCGCUCGCAAUAUCGCACCCUCGCGGGCCAAGGCAACGCGACCACCCUCUCCUCCGGCAUCUCACUCUGAAGAAGAGUCUCCCAGUGGCUCAGACGAAGACUCGGAGAUCUUUCACGACCUGUCUACAUCUUCCCAGGAAGAAGAUGAGCUAGCUGAAGGAGACUCCAUCCUUGACGACGACGACAGCCGAGAAUUCUCUGGAGACAUGUACUCAGACGUCGACUCGGACUCUGCCUCUAACCCUGGCGAUUCCAGCUUCCAACCUGAAUCCAGCGACUCCGAGUCGGAGGAAUCGGUGAAGAAGGGUCAUUUGACCCUGGACAGCGACUCGGCUAGGGAAAGCGACGGCGAUGAUGUGGAAGCGCAGAGGGAGGAAGCUGAGGAACUAGCCCGAGCUGCGAUCAUUUCCCGCAAGGAGGCCCUCGCCAUAGCAUUCGGUGAAGAUCGAUGGACCUGUCACGACGUGAAGACAGUCAUUGCCGUCGUUGAGGUCUUCCGCGCGAUUCUCAACACAGCUGGGAAAGUGCAGGAGCGUCGGAUACGCAAGACGGAUCUCAUAAUGGAACAGUUGAGCGACAACAGGACUGCAUUUCUGAAGCCCGAUCGGCGGCAUAUCCUUGAGGAUAACGAUGUUCGGGACGCUGUCAAACUAUACGUUGCUCUUAGCAAGCAUGCUGAUGCACAGAUUCGAAAGAAAGCGGGUACUCUCGAGGGUACCGCUGGCUUUGUCUCCUUGAAGGACCUUCUCCAAGAGCUUGACAAAUGA